AUAGUUGUUUGUUAUGGUUCCGUCUUUAUCUCUCACAAUCUGCAUGAAGCAUACAGCUGACUUUUUGCAAACAGAAGUUAAUGCUUCUUGCUGGCUUCUUUUGACUCUUUGUUGAGGUUUUCAUGAGAGAGAAGCCAUUUCUCUUCCCCAUUUUUUAACUCAUUUCUUUGGUCAGCGUGUAAAAUCGUCACCGGCCACCUCUUCCUCAUCUUCUUCUGCUCUUUAUCUCUUUCUUUAUAUCUAUAUAUAGUCUACAACCUCUUGCUGAUCCCAACCCAAAGACUUCACAUUUCUCUCUCAAGUUUAUUCACAAGAAACUAUAACACACACACUAACACACAUAGAGAGUGUGAAUAAUAUUCAAAAGAAAAGAUUGAUCUUGAACACCAACUGGCUGCUAAUUCAAUGGGAAGACCACCUUGUUGUGAUAAGGUAGGGGUGAAGAAGGGGCCAUGGACUCCAGAAGAAGACAUAACUUUAGUCUCUUAUAUUCAACAACAUGGUCCUGGAAAUUGGAGAUCUGUUCCUACUAAUACUGGCUUGCUAAGAUGCAGUAAGAGUUGCAGAUUGCGUUGGACUAACUAUCUUCGGCCCGGUAUCAAACGAGGCAACUUCACCGAGCAAGAAGAGAAGAUGAUUGUUCAUCUUCAAGCCCUUCUUGGCAACAGAUGGGCAGCAAUAGCAUCUUAUCUUCCACAACGAACAGAUAACGAUAUCAAGAACUACUGGAACACACAUCUCAAGAAAAAACUGGACAAGCUCAAUGAAAGCACAGAUCAAGAAAACCACCAUCACAAUCAUCGUCGACAAGGAUAUUCAAAGGGGUCUCCCUCUCCAUCAUCAUCUGAAACCAACAUGUCUAAAGGUCAAUGGGAAAGGCGGCUUCAAACCGAUAUCCAUAUGGCCAAACAAGCCCUUUGUGAAGCCCUAUCUCUUGACAACAAAUCCAUCAAUCUACCAGAAAUACCACCACCAAACCGAAGUGCAACUACUUACGCUUCUAGCGCUGAGAACAUUGCUCGGUUGCUUCCAAACUGGAUGAAUAGUUCCAAGAAAUCGUCUCAAACAAGCUCCGAAAGCAUGGAAACAACACAGACUCGGAGUUCAUUGAUCAACCAGCAGUUUCAAAGUCCUCCAAGUGAAGGUUAUGAGAACCCUUUUCAACUUGGAUCCAAUAAUAAUGAAAUUCACAACAACCAAAAGAACAAUUAUUACUCAUAUUACAGCACUUCAGAUGUUUCUCAGUCGGUUUCGCCCGAAACAAGUGUGUUCCAAGAUGAAAGUAAACCAAACAUUGAAGAUCAAAUGCCACCUCUUAGUUUUCUAGAGAAAUGGCUUUUUGAUGAUGCUACUGCUCAAGGUGACCUUAUGAAUAUGUCCUUAGAUGAAGGCGGUGACUUCUUUUAACCUUUUUUGGUUUUAAUCUGAGGGGUUUAAUCUAUGCUUAUGGGUCAUGUUUUGUCAGUUCUUCAUUUUCUUUUCUAGGAUUAAUUAGUUGAAAAGUGAUGUAAAUUAAUUUCUAGUGGUUAUUAUUAGGAUAUAUGGUCAUAAAAUGUAUCUAUAUGCUUAGUGCAUAUAGAGUAAUAAUGCUACUCUUAAUCGCUGUUUUUAGGAGGAAACAAUGUGUAGCUCCGGUAAACAAGUAGGCAGUGACUGUAAGAGAGUAUUAUUAUAAACUGGAAAUUAUACUCUUCGUGCA